UUUAUCCAGCCGCCUGCGUCGAUCUCGGCUCCAAUUGGAGACCCGGGCAAAACCAUGGCGGAGAAGACACAGGAGAGUGUGAAGAUCGCUCCUGGAGCAGUUGUGUGUGUAGAAAGUGAAAUCAGGGGUGACGUAACUAUAGGUCCUAGGACAGUGAUCCACCCUAAAGCGCGAAUCAUUGCGGAGGCCGGACCAAUCGUGAUUGGUGGAGGUAACCUAAUAGAGGAACAGGCGCUGAUCAUAAAUGCUCACCCUGACAAUAUCACCCCUGACACCGAAGAUCCAGACCCCAAACCUAUGAUUAUUGGCACCAAUAAUGUAUUUGAAGUUGGCUGUUAUUCCCAAGCGAUGAAAAUAGGAGAUAAUAAUGUUAUUGAAUCAAAAGCGUAUGUAGGCAGAAACGUAAUACUCACAAGCGGUUGCAUCAUUGGGGCAUGUUGCAACCUAAACACAUUUGAAGUCAUCCCUGAGAAUACAGUGAUCUAUGGUGUGGACUGUCUUCGUCGGGUGCAGACUGAGCGACCACAGAAUAUUUUCAUUUCAGCCCCAGACACUGCAGCUGGAUUUCCUGAUGAAAAUCUUGCCAAACUACCACCAUUUAAAAAAGACUAUGAAAGGAAGCUCAACUCCAGUUAAGAACUAAGAACAAGCUAUGACAUCAAGAUAACAUGUUGCCCAUGACCACUGUCUUUUGAAAGGACCACCAAGUUUAUGCCCUCUUAGCAGGUCAUAGCAUAAUACAAGUUGACUUUAUUUUGUAAAACUGAAAUAGAAAGGGAAGUGAUGGAUUUUCAUCGUUAACUGUCCUCUAUAAUUUAUAUAAAAUGUAUUAUUUUCCCAUAUCCUUGUUUCUUUUCUGAUAAUUUACAGAUUUAGUUUUCUUUUGUUACGUAAAAUAUUGGCUACAAAUUUUAGUUACACAAAAGACUACCUGUGAUAAGAAAGGGCAUAUUGUUAUGUAUUAUAUUCUGCCAUAUACUGAACUAAAUAAAAAUGUUGAUGACAGGACUUUUUUAGUGAGCAUACUUUAAUCAAUGUUUCUACUUACAUUAGCUUUCCCAACAAUUACUCUUAAAACUUCUAUUAUGCACUAGCUAUAUUAAAGGUAAUGUAUUUGCGCAGAUUUGUAGCUUCCUAGAAUUUCAAGUGAAAUUUUAGCAGCUAUUACAUUAAUUCAUUUUGUUUCCAAGAAAAAUAUUUUUUUUCUUUUCAGUAAAACAAAAAUGGUCAGGGAAAGAUACUGUAUGUUCAGUAGAUGACAAAAUCAAAAAGAAUGGUGUCUGAUGAAAAAGGCAAGUGGCCAUUAAUUGAGUGGUUUUCCUGGGUUUCUGAGGACAAUGAAACCAAGAGAUUUUGAUGUAUUUAUGCAGUUAUGACAUUAUUUUGGCAUAUUUCUAAUUAUUGAACUCAUUAUAAUUCUGUUUAUCUAAUUACAAAAUGGGCAAAAUAGAAUUUUGUUGUAAUUCCAAGUAUUUUUAAUACUUUGAAUGCAUGCAUUUAA